UAGCAAAAUGGCUCAGUCCUGUCUUAGAAUCGUUCGAAUCAACAAUCUCAGGAACAGAGUGAACCGUCGGAUAUUGAUUCUCCGUCGAUUCACGCGACUUCUCUGGAGCAGAAUAGUCGCUUUCUCUUCCAAAAGAUCAGGGAGAUAUUCAUUGCUGUCACGCGCCACCACUCCGUCUCCGCCUGUCUCUCGUCCUCAGCCUCCUCCCAUCCCCGUCAUACGCCGUACAUCGGUGCACGAACACGAUAACAGCCACCGGAGAUCAGAUUCGGAUCUGGUUUCUCUUAAGAUCAGCCUCUUAGGAGAUCCCCAGAUCGGAAAAACUUGCUUCCUGGCCAAAUAUGUUGGGGAAGAGAAAGAAGUUGAGAUGAGAGAGUUGGAGAAAGGGAUCAGUUGUACGGACAAGAUGUUAUCCAUGGGAGGUGCUCGCAUUUCCUACAGCAUCUGGGAACUAGAAGGAGCUGAGAGAUCACGGGAUCAAAUCCCCAUGGCUUGCAAGGACUCUGUAGCCAUUCUCUUCAUGUUCGAUCUCACCAGUCGUUGCACUCUUAACAGUGUUAUUGGCUGGUAUCAACAAGCUAGAAAGUAUAAUCAGACGGCAAUCCCAGUAAUGGUAGGAACCAAGUUUGAUGAGUUUAUUCAGCUUCCUAUUGAUCUUCAAUGGACUAUUGCUAGCCAGGCGAGAACCUAUGCGAAGGCGCUAAACGCGACGCUCUUCUUCUCGAGUGCUUCAUACAACAUAAACGUAAAUAAGAUUUUCAAGUUUGUCACGGCCAAGCUCUUCGACUUGCCAUGGACGGUUGAGAGGAAUCUCACCAUCGGAGAACCACUCAUCGACUUCUAGCAUCUUCCACAAGUUUUUGUAUAUAUAUAUAUAUAUAAAAGAAAAAAUCCGAUUUAUUUUUCAUUCACCGCCGUGGGAUGAUCGGAGCACCGUUUCUAGCCGUUUUAAAAGCGAAAUGGAGAGAUGAUGCGGCGGAGAUUUCGCCCGCUUUCUUCAUUAUUUUCUUUCAAAAAAACAAGAAAAAAGAAAAGAAAACAGAGAAAAAAUGGUACUGAGAGAAAAGUAGCAUGGAAAAAAAGAGAGGAGAUCGUGACAUUUUUCUUAUUAUUUUUGUAAUGUUUCCGCUUUCGAUCACCACUGGAGAAUUUUGGUUCCAGUAAAUUCCAGAAUAGUAAAUACCAUUUCGCUUUU